UGUUGUGUUCUUGUAUUGUUGAACUGAGCUGGAUGGAAGCUAAACUACCUUAAAGACGUCAUAGAUUAUCUUAAUAUCUUUUUUAUGCCAGUUAUUAUACAACGAGUACUUUCCAUCUCUUUGUUUGGGGGGUGGGGCGAGAAGAAGAGGUUUGUGGGAUACAUUUAACGACCAGUUCUCACGUUGAUGAUAGACAUCGGGGCUCCGAUGGGAGUGGACCGGGCGGAUCCGGAGGUUCCGGAGCUCUCUGCGGGCCGGCGGGUGUCCUGCGACGGGGAGCGGGCCACGGUGCGGUACGUGGGCCCGGUGCCACCGACAGCAGGGGUGUGGCUCGGCGUGGAGUGGGAUAACCCGGAGAGAGGCAAACACGACGGCAGCCACGGGGGAGUCCGGUACUUCGCGUGCAGACACGCUGAGGGAGGCUCCUUUGUGCGCCCGGCCAAGGUGAGCUGGGGGGUGGACUACCUGACCGCCGUGCGACAGGUGUACGAGAGCCAGGCCGAGAAGGUGCUGAGCGAGGACAUCUCCAUCGCCUCCAAGAAGCUCAAGUGGAUCGGCAUCGAGGACCGCAGCUUCCAGAGUCUUCCCUCAGCGCUGCUGGGCCGAAGUGAAGUGAACGGCCCCGGAGCCGCCGGAGAAAUCAGGAGAGCGACGCCAAACGUGAGCUGGUUGGACAUCAGCCGCUCGCUGUUGUCCUGCUGGGACGACGUGUCGGCCAUCACUCAGCAGCUGGAGCGGCUGGAGGGACUUCAGCUCAGCAACAACAGACUGCGUUUGACCUCUGACCUCUCGGCCCACUGGGGGUCUUUCCGCAGCCUCAAGGUCCUCGUCCUCAACGGCUGUGACCUCACCUGGCCACAGGUCCUGCAGUGCGCCCCCAUGUGGCCACAGCUGGAGGAUCUGUGUGUGGAGAACAACAACGUCACUGAGCUGCAGAGGCCCGACGCGGUGCUGCAGUCCCUGAAGAGCCUCAGUGUGUCCGGUAACCGGUUGGUGCAGCGCAGUGUGCUCAGCCUGGCGGCUCUGCCCCGCCUGGAGCACCUGAACCUGUCCCGGACCGGCCUCUCCGACAUCCGCUUCGACGACGCCGCUCCUGGCGCUCAGACGGCGUUGUUCCCGGCGCUGACGAAGCUCACCGUGGACGACAACAACAUCAGCGAGUGGCGUGUGGUGGACGAGCUCGGGAAGCUGGCCGCCCUCACGCACUUCUCGUGUCGCGGGAACCGACUGGCGAGCGUCGACGGGAACGCCAGGACCGCCGGCCAGCUGCUCAUCGCCAAGCUGGGAGGCCUGCUGGUGCUCAACAACUGUGAGGUCCAACACAAAGAGAGGAGGGGGGCGGAGCUCGACUACAUCAAGAUGUUCGGGACGGAGUGGCUGGAGGCGGGGGGGCGGAGUCAGGCGGGGGGGCGGAGUCAGGCCAGCGCCCAGUUCAUUGGCCAGCACCCGCGGUACCUGAGGCUCAUCGACAAGUACGGCGCUCCAGAGGAAGGCGAGCUGAAGAAGCCAGAGCCGUUUGCUUUGAAGAAUCAGCUGUUGAAGAUCACGUUCGUGUUUCCCGACGACGCCGACCGGAAACCGAUUGAGAAGAAAGUUCUUGCCUCCAUGGUGGUUCAGAAGGUGAAGGGACUCCUCUACAGACUUCUGAAGGUCCCAGCAGCAGAUCUGAAGCUCAGCUACACCAGCACCAAGAUGUUGGGCACAGAGUUUGAGAUCGACAGCGACAUGAAGACUCUCCAGUUUUACUCCAUCGAGGACGGAGACCAGGUGCUGGUCCGCUGGUCCUGACCCGGCAGACCCUGCAGACGUGGGGAGGAGACCCCGUUCUCACGGACAACAGAAACUUUCAAGACGGAACUGAACCGUGUACCUCUUGAGCUCCGGCAGCCGACCGAGCCGCCGCCGCCGGAGACGGAUGAACACCACGAUGACGUCAUCGCCUCCGAAAAAUGUAACCGCACUGGGAGCACUCCCCCCCCCCCCCCCCUCCCAGUGCGGUGCAUGGCAACAUGUCCCCUUGUACUUCCUGUAGAAUCAUUGGUCUUAAAGUGCGCUUAACAAAUCCAAGGAGUUAAUUAAUAAACUGUAUUUGCGAAUGCU